AUGCUUCGUUAUGGCAUUGCUGAAAUUUUUGAGAACAGAACAUUACUAAGCCAACUUGAAAAGGCAAAUUUUGACUUGGUGCUUACAGAUCCUCUUUUUGCUACUGGACCUAUGCUUGCUUAUUAUUUGAUACGUUCCCUGGUGCAUGAUGUUCGAUGGCUGGACAGUGGUGAAGCUCAUUUCCUCAUUACCCCAUCACCACCUUCCUACGUCCCAAUCUCUAGCUCGCAUCUGACAGACAAAAUGUCCUUUCUUCAAAGAAUGCAAAAUGUCAUCCAAAGUCUUAUUCAUCUAUCCAUUUUAGAACUUUUCAUUUACCCCAAUUACAAUGAACUGUGUCAUCGAUAUCUGGGACCAGACACAGACAUCAAGACAAUUCUCUUCGGGGCUGAUGUGUGGCUGAUGAGAGUCGAUUUUGUAUUUGAAUUCCCAAGACCCACCAUGCCAAAUAUUGUGUACAUUGGAGGCUUCCAGUGUAAACCAGCCCAACCACUAGCAAAGGUUAUUUGGAGAUAUGAUGGAGAAAUCCCUCCCAAUAUAGGAAGUAACACACUACUGGCAAAAUGGAUCCCUCAGAACGACCUGCUAGGACACCCCAACACACGAGUCUUUAUUUCUCAUGGUGGCACCAAUGGUAUUUACGAAGCCAUCUACCACGGGGUGCCAGUGAUUGGCAUGCCCCUAAUUUUUGACCAAUUUGACAAUGUAGUUAGGCUUGAAUCCCGAGGAGCAGCAAAAGUGAUGAAUGUUGCAACCAUGCAUUCAACAGAUCUAUUGCAGGCACUUAACGAGGUGAUAAAUGAUACAUUUUAUCGGGAUAACAUGAAAAAACUCUCUGCUCUCCACCGGGACCAACCAGAGUUGCCAAUGGAGAGAGCCGUUUUCUGGAUUGAGUAUGUUGCCCGUCACAAGGGAGCAGGGCAUUUGCGCUCAGAAUUCUACCAACUCCCCUGGUACGUUUACUACUGUGUAGAUGUGAUGAUCUUUCUAUUGUCUGUGUUCCUCUUGGUUACAGUGUUGGUGGUUGUAACAUUGAAGAAACUUUGUAGUAUUGCAUGUAAGAAAAAACAAAAAACUGAGUAAGGUUAACCUUCUUGUGUUCUUUCAAAUUAAUUCAAGGAAAUUGUUUCUACACUUAAUUCUUUCCAGAUGUCAUGAACUUAGCAAAGC